GCAGAGGGGAAAUUGUGAAAGGGACCUUGAUGUAGAAAAGGCAACCCACAACCGCAUCAACUCUCACAGGAGGGUGAGCUUCGGAGAGGACGAGUCUGAGAGUGGACCCGUCCACUUGUCUGUCCAUCCAACAUGGAACCAAAGCGGCUCAGGGAAGGCUACCUUGUGAAGAGGGGGAGCGUAUUCAACACCUGGAAACCCAUGUGGGUGGUCCUAUUAGAAGAUGGAAUUGAAUUCUAUAAGAAGAAAUGUGACAACAGUCCCAAAGGCAUGAUCCCCCUGAAAGGAAGCACUCUUACGAGCCCUUGUCAGGACUUUGGCAAAAGGAUGUUUGUGUUUAAGAUCACUACGACCAAACAGCAAGACCACUUCUUCCAGGCAGCCUUCCUGGAGGAGAGAGACGCCUGGGUUCGGGACAUCAAGAAAGCCAUUAAAUGCAUUGAAGGAGGCCAGAAGUUUGCAAGAAAAUCCACCAGGAGGUCCAUUCGACUGCCAGAAACCAUUGACUUAAGUGCCUUGUAUUUGUCCAUGAAAGACAACGAGAAAGGAAUAAAAGAAUUGAACCUAGAGAAGGACAAGAAGAUUUUUAAUCACUGCUUCACAGGUAACUGUGUCAUCGACUGGCUCGUGUCCAACCAGUCUGUCCGGAAUCGCCAGGAAGGCCUCAUGAUUGCCUCCUCGCUGCUCAAUGAAGGGUAUCUGCAGCCUGCUGGAGACCUGUCCAAGAUUGCAGCAGACGGAACCGCGGAGAACCCUUUCCUGGACAACCCUGAUGCCUUCUACUACUUUCCAGAUAGUGGGUUCUUCUGUGAAGAGAAUUCCAGUGAUGAAGAUGUGAUUCUGAAAGAAGAAUUCAGAGGGGUCAUCAUUAAGCAGGGGUGCUUACUGAAGCAGGGUCACAGGAGGAAGAACUGGAAAGUACGGAAGUUCGUUCUGAGAGAAGAUCCUGCUUACCUGCACUACUAUGACCCUGCUGGGGGAGAAGAUCCCCUGGGAGCAAUUCACUUAAGAGGCUGUGUGGUGACAUCAGUGGAGAGCAACCCAGAUGGCAAGAGAUGCGACGAUGAGAACCUUUUUGAGAUCAUCACGGCUGAUGAAAUUCAUUACUUCUUGCAAGCGGCCACCCCCAAGGAGCGCACCGAGUGGAUCAAGGCCAUCCAGGUGGUCUCCCGGAGCCGGAAGUGAAGGCGCUCCUGCGGCUUCUCAUCACCCUCCCGCGGGAACCCCAAGGAUAAGCUCGGCCCAGAACCCGUCCUCCUGUGGGAUGGAUCAGCAAGAAAGGGCCCAGGGGUGGGAAGAUUUGUCUGCGGGGAAUUCUGAAUGCAAUUACCACGUGCCCCACGGUGCUCGCCAGCACCACCUUGCUCACUGACACCUCCUUGCCACUCUCCGUGCAUCCCGCGCAGAUGUAAGAAGCUGCGUGGCCUGGGGACACUGCUUAACCUGUCCACGCCUCAGGCUCCUCUUCUGAAAACACGGAGUUGAGCCAGCGCUCUGAGGUCCUCCCCAGCUGGAAAAAGAAAAUGCUUGUGAUUCUAAUACCCGUGGAAGUGAAAGUGCCUCCAGCUGUCCUUCUGGUAUCUUCCCAUGGCUUAGUCUUGGCCUUUGGCUGCAUCCAAAUAGGCCAGAACUCGAGAGAACUCUUCCUUUUUAAACAGUGUUGCAAAUCUGUAGGAAGGGCACUUGGCAGAAACACCUUUGGCUUGUGCUUGGCCAAGAGAUCAAGUAACAAAACAAAAGGGAGCGCUCUUCCUCCUUCCUCACCCUACCCAGAAAUUUCCUAAGAGCCAGAGCUGAAGUACUGGCUUCAGUCACUUACUUUGGCCUGAAAAGUCAUGUCUUCUGAGAAAAAGACCUGAGGAAGCCAUGAAUAGAUGAGUGUCCUUGUUAUUCCCGGAAGCAGAUGUUACUCUAUUUCCACUGAAGCUGAUCUGUCCUUUUCAGGAGCAUUUCUCUACCAUUUAUUAUCAUGCCCGAUUAGAAGGGGAAAACUCAAGUCUUCGAGACACUGUUUCAAUUCAGUGUUUAGGGGAAAAAAAAUAGUAGGAUGGGUUCCCUGCAUAGGUGAGGAGCCUGGGCAGCUGUCUGGCUAAUGGGUCCCCCACCCACCUAGCUCCAGAGGGUGGGGAGGGGCAGGACUGUAGGCUGCUGAGGGGAUGUUGGGUUUAUACAAAGUCAGCACCGAAAGGCCUCUAGACAGAGCUUGUGGUGGCCGUCAGCCCUGAGGAGAGCCUUCAGUUCUCCAGUUAGGGAUGUUGUCGUCCCCGCCUGAGCUUUUUUUUUUAUAUAUAUAUAAAGGAAAUUUAUUUGGUUACAAAUUUACAGUCCCAAGGUGAUAAAAGUGUCCAAACUAAGACAUCAACAUGAGCAUGCCUUCACUGAAGAAUGGCUGAUGGCGUCUGCAACACCUGUGUCAGCUGGGAACCCUCCUGAGCUUUUAAGCACAAGCAGCAGCAGCUCCUGUUGGGCUCUGAGGCUUCACAGCCCCAUUAUCAACCGGAGAUUUGUCUCCAGUUUUUCACCCUGUCCAUUCAUGAGUGAUCUACUCCAAAAUGGUUCUAUGACACCCAUAGAAACAGGUAUAUGUGAGGGUGUGCUUUCCAAAUCUGCAUUUUUAGUUUGAAUGCCCCAGUAAGAAAAUUCUUCCUGAUUUUAUUAGCUCCCAGCUUUCUCUCCCCUAAUUCCAUACCACAUUCACGAGGCUAUUUCUACUCCUUAAUUGUUUCAUCAAUGGCCUAGGGAGACAGGACUACCUUUUUCUCUGAUUCUUUAGUAAAUUGUCAUCUUAGAACAUGCACAGUAUUUUUUCUACAUUCAGUGUUAAAAGUAUUUAUUAACAUAGAGUCAACCUUAUGUUCUGAAAUAAACUUGACUAUUUUUAGCAUC